CAAUGUGCCGUAAAAUACAUAUUAGCAUAAUUUAAGACAUAUUAGAAUAAUUUAAGACAUAUUAGAAUAUACAUAUAGGAAUCAAAUAAUUGAAAGUUAAUCAGAAUUUGUGUACAUUGCGGAAGUUUUACAGCGGAAUAAUACUUAGACGAUUAUAGUCGGAGUACUUUGUCAGCUAUUAAAACAGUUGACAAAUUUAUAAAUGCUUCUAUCUUCUAAAUUAUCGAUUAUAUAUUUAUAUUUAGCAAUCUUCAUAUUCUACGCUACAAAGUAACUUCUCUUCAGAAUUGAAAUGCACAAUAUUAUAUAUAAUCGUGUUUAAUAUGAUUGCUGCGAUUGUGAAGUUUAUAAUUUUAUCAGAGUAACAUAUUUAAUUAAUCAGUUAGAUAUAUCUUUUAAUCGCAUAAUCUUUAAAUAAUAUUUUAAGCUUAAGUAAAACAUUUACGGUACAUGAAUUUCCAGUGUACAGAGGUUUCCAUUGUCGAUAUUGUACAGAAUAUGGUUAAAAUCUUCUCCAAGUCUAUAUUACUUUUAGUAUCCACAGAUUAUUAAGCGAUAUUAUACUUUUAUAUCUUAUUUCUAGUUACACAUUUAAACUUCCUAUAAAAAUCCAUUCUUUGUACGUGUAUUAAUAGUACGUGGUACGCAAAAAGGGGAGAGAUCUCUCCCCUGUUAUUCAUUCAGUUGUACGUUAUAUUUAAAACAGGAAGAUCUUUUCAAUUGAAUAACAAUGCUCCAAAUGAUGGUAGAUUUUGGUAAGUGACUACAUGCGAUAACUCUUCGUUAUUAACCAUGAAGAAUCAAUUUAUUUCUAGUUCAAUCGCAAUAACCGAACGUUUCCUAUUAUUCGUUUAACUAACCGGACAAUCAUUUCAUUAGAAUAUUUUAAAUGAAAAAAAAAAAACAAACAAAUUUUGAAUAUAACAAGGAUCGCUUUUGCUACGAGUCUUUCAAUCUUAUCAUUUUAACUGUUCACAGGUCAAAAUGGUUAACUCCGCUUCUUGUUAAAUUUUAGCCAACCGUUUGAUUGCCCAAACGAUUCAUUGGUUACGUAAUUUCAUCAAUUCCCUCUACUUGUUAUCUCGUAGAGUUAAUCGAUCUGGCAAGUAAGUGGUUCAGCCGUAUUUUUAAAAACGAUUUAUCUUUUAAAAUCACUAUUUUCUACUAUUCCUUCGAUACGUGUAAUGAUCGUAACGAUCAAUCUGUAGUGUAAUAAAUCUUAUCUUAUCUUUAUUAUUCUCCUGAAAGUCACGGUUACCGACUCCGCUAACAGAGGUGCGUUUCUUCUUCCAUUGAAUUCAUUACGUAAAUUCAAUUGUAUGUCUACUAAUAAACGUAUAUUUCUCAAUGACCGACACGCUCUUCGUAUGAUGCGGAGCGUGUGUGCGCGCUCGCCUCGGAUCCGCGCUAUUAAGAAUAACCAAAGGUGAUUACCAUUUUACUUUCUACGGGGGCCACGUUACACAGCAUGCAAAUGCAAUAUUCUCUUGGCAACUGGCUGCGGUUCCCUUGCGAUUUACGUCUGCGAUGGCUCGUUAGUAGUCGCUCUUGGUAUCGGCUUAUUAUAUGAACGACGUACAUCAUCGCUUGACUUUCUGAUCGAGUUUGCCGACUAAUAACAGGAAACAGUGACCUUCUAUUUAGUAGACAGUAGCAUGUCUGGGUAUGUGGUGGUCAGUAAAGUGUCCGAUUGUUUGACGGGCACCCGGUACUCUAUGAUUUUGCACGCUAAACCGACGAACGUUCAAUUAUUUUUCGAUCUCCACGACAGAUCUCGUUACGUUCGUUAAAUUACAGAAACGUUCGAAAUAUUGCUCUUCUCUUUGUCUGUUGGUAAUCUCAUCGAACAGCGUGACAAAUUAGCAGCUUAAUUGUACGUCUCGUAUUAGUAGAAAAAGCGCCAGUGACGCGAGUUUCUUGAGUUUUGCAAGUUUCAGCACGAUACGAUGUAAAUGAUUUUCGUAGCAACGCGUGUUUCAUUUGUGCUACCUUGAGCAAGCAGGGUAAUUGUUUGCAGCGUGUUGGAAAUUUCAAUAAUUUCUUUAGCUGCUUUGAUAGCCUCAUUGCCGAGGAACGGUCUAAAGAAGAAGAUGGCACGAGUAGGAAACGAGUGAAAAUUAGCGAAGAUGUACGGCCUAAUUCUGGAAAACAUGUCCGAGUACAUACGACAGGUGUACGGGGAAGAUAGAUGGGAGGAGAUCCGACGACAAGCAUCCGUAGAUCAACCUAGUUUCAGCGUUCAUCAGGUCUACCCUGAGAACCUUAUACCGAGAUUAGCGAAGAAGGCUAUUCACGUACUUGGCGUAACGGAAAAAGAAUUUUUCGAUCAGAUGGGUGUACACUUCGUAGGAUUCGUUGGCCAGUACGGUUAUGAUCGUGUGCUUUCAGUACUUGGGCGUCACGUAAGAGAUUUCCUUAAUGGAUUGGACAAUUUACACGAAUAUCUGAAAUUCUCCUACCCUAGGAUGAGAGCGCCUUCGUUUAUUUGCGAGAACGAGACGCGGCAAGGCCUGACCCUCCAUUACAGGAGCAAACGACGCGGAUUCGUUUAUUACACGAUGGGUCAGAUAAGAGAGGUGGCCCGACACUUUUAUCACAAGGAAUUACAGAUCGAGCUGGUGCGCGAGGAGAUUCUAUUCGAUACCGUGCACGUCACUUUUCAGCUCACCUUUGAUAACAGAGCUUUUACCCAAGCCUCGUUGACUAUGACACGCGAGGAGAAGCAUUUGCCAAUAGGAGCCUCCGUCUUGUUUGAAAUAUUUCCUUUUUGUAUCGUUUUCGGAUCAGACAUGAUCGUAAGGAGUAUCGGAAAUUCCUUGAUGGUAAUAUUACCCGAUCUAGUUGGCAAAAAGAUUACACACUUCUUCGACCUUGUCAGGCCACUCAUUGCAUUCAAAUUUCACUCGAUUUUAAACAGAACGAAUAAUAUCUUCGAGCUAGUCACCGUGGAACCAAUUCUCACAGAACGGCCACCAGAUCGACAGAAAAAUGAAAUUUUAUUGAGCGACGAACUCGACUCGGUAGAUGACAGAACCUUGAGAUUGAAAGGUCAGAUGAUAUACAUGGAUAACUGGAAGAUGAUGAUGUAUCUUGGUACGCCCGUUAUGCCAGAUUUGAAUUCCCUGAUCGCAACGGGUCUCUACAUUAAUGAUCUAUCGAUGCAUGACUUUAGCAGAGAUCUGAUGCUUGCUGGCACUCAACAAUCGGUGGAACUGAAGUUAGCUUUAGACCAGGAGCAAUUGAAAAGCAAAAAGCUAGAGGAGUCUAUGAGAAAGUUGGACGAGGAGAUGAAACGCACGGACGAAUUGCUGUAUCAGAUGAUACCGAAACAGGUGGCAGAUCGUUUGAGAAACGGCGAGAGUCCGAUAGACACGUGCGAGAUGUUCGACAGCGUUUCAAUUUUAUUCUCGGACGUAGUGACAUUUACAGAGAUCUGCAGCAGAAUCACACCGAUGGAGGUGGUGUCCAUGUUGAACGCGAUGUACUCCCUUUUCGACACGUUAACAGAACGGAACCGGGUGUAUAAGGUUGAAACUAUCGGCGACGCAUACAUGGUGGUAUCUGGUGCACCAGUGAAGGAGAACGAUCACGCAGAUCGUGUGUGCGAUAUGGCGCUCGAUAUGGUUGAAGCGAUAACGGAUCUCAAAGACCGAUCCACAGGUCUUCAUCUUCAAAUACGAGUCGGUAUUCAUAGCGGUGCUGUGGUGGCCGGUAUAGUCGGCUUGAAAAUGCCACGAUAUUGUUUGUUCGGCGAUUCGGUGAACACGGCAUCUCGUAUGGAGGCAACCAGCCAGGCAAUGCAAAUACACAUAUCAGAAUCCACGCGAGAACUAUUGUCACCGUCGUAUAAAGUUAAAGAACGAGGGGAGAUAGAAGUGAAGGGUAAAGGUACGAUGAAGACUUACUGGUUAGAAAAAAGGGAGCAUAGAUCGUCAUCGACGAAAGGAAUUACCAUUCAAGAACCGACACAGUGGAACACGAGAAACACCGAGAAGAGAGUAUCCGCAGGGGCGCCGGCUGCUUUCACGGCAGCCACCAUGUACGAAAAUCAAAAUUGCUUGGACACGUUGUCUAGGAGAGGUUCGAAUAUUGUCUCGCCAACGCCUGCAGAUUCCACGUUCAUCCCUGAAGAAAGAAGAAUUUACUCGCCUAUCACGUUCCAAGACGUUGCUCGUCGAUCAGUGGCAAAUUCACCGACGAAGAACGCCGAUUCGAAAGAAUGCAGGUCGAACUCGAUGGGUGCGGUGAUGACCAGGAACUCGGAGAUGUUCAGCUGCCUUGUGAGCGACACCGAGGAACACUUCAGACAGCACAGGGACAGUUUAUCGCCCCGCGCGGAGAACCGAUCGGCCGGGAUACAUCCGAAACCAGAGCUGAACGUGACGAGCUCGAGCUCGUCGUCGGAGGAGUCUCGCGACGACAGAGCUGCGUCUGCCGAUUCCGAUGUCUCGAAGCGACAGAAGAGCAAAGAGAAUUACAUCACGUUCCAUAGCGAUCUCAGCAACUCGCAGUCGUUGACGCACCAGGAUCAGUGUUGUCCUGGUUUCACGAUGUCGAAGAGCGGCAAAACGCGCCAUCAGAGCAACGGAUGCUGCAUCGCCUAGUAGGACAAGCCGAGAGUCUAUCCAUCGAUUUGCCUUCUCGACGAGUUGACCUCGUUGUUUCGACGGUGUGUACACCGAGCGUGAUCGAACUCAUGGUUGCGAGUAUACAGAGUGUCCCACGCAACUGGAACAAGCUACAGCUCUGAAAGGAUAGAAGAUAGAAAGGAAAAUUCGUUGGACAAAAUCAAUCGAGGGCGAUGGUAAUUAAUCGCUUCGAAUAUUCCGAAAUCACCUGUUUAGAGUAGCAGGAUCGUUCAGAGACUGACGACCCAAGUAGUGUUGACACGACGACGAUACAAAUGCAUUCUGAAAAGAUUCUUUGAUCGCAACUUUGGUACGUGUACUUGGGCGUUUCUCGCGAUAUCAGUUUGAUUCGAACGAUUACAACGUACACUUUCGUCGCGAGUUCACCCGAGCAUCGACUCGCGCCGUUUGUUCGAAUCACCGUUUCCUGAAUAGCGUUCUCCACUUGAGAACUUUUUCAAUUUCGCAAAAGAUAUCGCGUGUCUGCUUUGACACGUCUGUUGAGAUUUUCUGUAACGAAAAAUGGCCGGCCAUCGAGUUCUCGCAUCUUCGUGAUCUUAUCGUUGUUUGAAGAAACAGGGACGAUCUUAAGAUUACAUUAAGAAAAAGCGAAACUCUGUCUAGCGAAACUCUCUUCUAUCUUUUAGCGUGUCAGAACGACAGCUUGUCCAAGUUGCGUGGGACACUUAGUAUAUCGUUCAUUUUUCAUUGGUCGAGCACUGACACCCUUAGGACGACGUGGAACCCGCUUUAUAUUUCGCUGAUGGUCGCUUUUAUAUUUUGAUCGCGGGAUUAGCGUCGCAGAGGUUGCGUCAGUCGUUGGAAACUGUCGUUUGAAAUAUUUUCGUUUAUUAAAUUCGAGAGAGAUAAAUUUCGACGUUUCACUGGAAUUGCAGUGUUAACUUUGUGACGGUGACGAGUGACACACGCUACUAUCAACGUGUGAACUCCGAUAAAGCUACACUAUCGCCAGCAUAAGUUUAAGACACUUUCGGUGUGAGACGAGAUUGCGCCAUUUGACGCAAAUUCCAUGUUUCUCGUUGUCUUCGUUUUCUAGUUGUUCUACUAUAGAUCUAUCGUUUCAUUCAUCGUACGUAUAAUAUACAAAUAUCAUGUCAUUGUACAUUAUUGUUCAAAAUAUGAGAUCGUUAGGUAAUCCCAUGAAAAGUAAAAAUUUGUAAGAAAGCUUUACGUGCGGAAUUUUAUUCGAGCAAGAGAUACCAUAGCAUUGAUUUCGAAUUAAUAUGUCUAUUAUGUUUCGAAUUAAUCGAAAUAAUAAAUGAAAUUGAUAGACGAUUCGCUGUAUAUGUAAAAUACAGUUGAGCAAGUGAUUUCAAGUUGUCCGAUAAUGUACGUAAAACGAUACCGAAGAGAGAGAGAGAGAGAGAGAGAGAGAGAGAGUAUAGUAAGACAAGCUGAAUAAUUCCAUUUUUUAAAAAAUGCCUUAACGUUUCUGUUAAAAUGCACGUUCGUCGAUUAAUUUGUCGGGAAUCGAACGAUGGAUGGUUCUUCAUACGCAAUGUUGGAAUUUUUGAAUUUAUGUACAGAUACGUAGACAUAAAUUUAGAAUUCUAAGCGCUGCUGUUUUAAGAAAGUAUUUAUUAUAGAUACGUUACAGACAUAAGAAGGAUAAGCAAAGUAACGUUUAGAUAGUAGUUUAAAUUAUUGAAUUUUUUAAUGUUACGAGGAACGAAAGAUGUAACAUCAAUGACGAAAAGAAAAGAUCUCGAUCAACAACAAAAAAAAAAAAAAAGGGUAGAGAUUUAUUAUCAUCACCUUCCUUUUAAUCGACAUUCUAUCGAUUAUAAAUAAUAGAGAUAUCGUGUCUAUAAAUGUUAUUAAAUAAUUAGACUGCGGAUAUUUAAGCAACUUCGUAUCUUUGUAAAUAAUUAAAACGAAACCUAGAUAGUUUAUCUUAUCUACCAAAUAUAUUAACAAACGAUAAAAUACUCUGAAUAUUUUGCGUAUAUAUAUUCGCGUAUCUUCAUUCUGUGUAUUUUUGCAUUCUCAGAUUUCCCAAAAAAAUGUAUAAAAAUCCGCAGUCUAUUUACGAUAUAUGUAUGCUGACUCACGAUAGUAUUAGAACACUUACGAUUUUAGAACAAUUUUAUGUGCAUAUUGUAUAUUAAACAUUUUGAAACUUUGUUAGUACUAUAAUGAAAGGUAUUUAAUAACGAAAAUUCAUUAGUACUACGAUACUUGUCACGAUUGUAUUGGUAAAAUAUGAAAUCAGUCUGAAUAUGAAUAUAAAAAUUGCAAAACACUUAUUGCAAAUGCGUUAAUAAAAAAUUAAUAUACAGUUACAAGUAGCCAUCCGAAGGAUACGAUAACAAUAAUAAUUGUUAAUAUCCAGGUUUAACAAUGUAACGCUUAAUCGACUGUUUUUAAAUACUUUUGUCAUCUCUACGAAAUAUAAAUACAGAGUCUGUUCGACUAACACGUAAAAUCGGGCAGGACGCGAUUCUUUGCGGAAAAAUAAGGAAAAGUAUGGAAUCAAAUUUCUCGGAUCAGUUUUCGAGAAUAUGAAAUUUGAAAAUUUAUCGAGUACACCCGAACGUGGUUGAUUCGAAACUGGACAGGGUUAAACUAUCAACGAGAAGUUAUUCUACGCGUGAAAAUAAAUCAGAAACGUAGAAUGAUAUUUUCCCAUUUAAAAUUUUAUUUUCAAGAAAAUAGGAUGAAUUUUCAAACUUAUUUUUCUCGCAAACGAAGAGUCUCCCGAACAAAUGUUACUCUCACACGUACAACGAUUAUUUAUUCCUGUCCAGCCCAAUCAGUGAAAUCGGCCACGUUCAAUUAUACUUGAUAAAUUUUCGAACUAGAUUUUCUCUAAUCGUUAAAAGCUCAAGUCGAGAAUAAACAAAUUUUACUUCACGGUCUUCUCUCAUCUUUCCACGUUCGAUCGCGUCCUGCUCGCGUGUUCGCGUUAAAUGCCUCGUAGUUCUAUGUACUGACAUCUUCAGAUCGAUUUGAAACGUUAUCAACGGUAAUCAUGGUAAUCGAGUUUCGUAACAGUGGCAACAACAAAUUUCAAAAUGUUUUCUCGUAUAACGCACGCAAUACAUUGUCCGCGAGUAGUCGAAUAGUUUUCGCGACUCGAUGCACGAAUAACAUUGUUUGCUGUACGUAUAACGCGUAUUUAAUAUUUCAAACGACAGUUUGCAGCGAUUUGGCCGGCGCACGAAAAGGGAACAAGCGAGAAACGUAGCACUUGGUUUUAGCGGAAAUUUGAAAGUGGACCGUGUGCGUUGUCGAUCGAAACCGACGUUCUGCAAUUCUCAACGAUUGCAAUUCAAAAGUGUCUUAAAUGAAAUUUAUAUAUAGUAUAUUCUUGUCACGUAAGUUAAUAUCGAUACUCGUAUCGUACAUUUUAAAUCGAAUAAGAAGCAGAAAGUCACCAAGAACUUAGGUUUCUUUUAAUACUCGUCGCGUGUGACUCUUCCAGUUUCUCUGUCAGAUACUCCUUUCAUAUCCGAUUGUAAUCUCUGUUUUCGCGAACAUGGUUCGUCGCGUCGAUAGCUUUAAAUCUAUUAAACGAAGGUGACGUUUAUCACCGAUUGAUCGACGAAAUACGAUAAGAUGAGAUGUAACGAAGUGAACGAAAAAUUGACCAGAUAAGCGAACGAAUUAGCGGAGAGUAGUAGUCUCUUUUCUUCUUCUUUUGAUAAUUAAUUUUAAGCUUUGUCUGUGAAGAAUAUCGUUUGAAAUGUUUGCCUGCAUUAAUUGAUUAAUUAAUCUUGAUCUCAAGCGUUAAUUCGUUACGAUGAUAUUAUAAAGUUAGAACUAUUUUCUGUUACAACUUGCACCUGACGCUAUAAAUUACGCUAAAGUCUGAUAGAUUCAUUUACAUUUAAUUCGCGUAAUAAAUUCAUUUCGGAACAAUUCAAUUGGCACGUAAUCAACGGAAGAUCACGAGGUUAAUCGGUGUUUUCUUUUACAUUGAUCUGUUGAAUUUUCAUUGGGUUUAUUUAACGAGGAAUAUCAUGCUGUAAGAAGUAACACAAAUAAUAAAUAUGUUAAGUAUUUUCAAUAUAAUUAUGGAUGUAUCUCUUAAUAUUUAUGCUGUAUUUUAUAAAAACAAUUCAAGAACCAACUUCUAUAAAUUUAAUAUCGCCCCCUUAACUGAAAAUUAAUUUUCUUCGAUCGCAUAUCUGUUGGCUGUCAACGAACGUUGCUCGAUAAAUUCGAUAAAGGAAUAGCAAUCGUGUUACGUUUGCAAAACCAUACGUACGACUUUACAGCGAAUCUAAAGAAUUAUAGCAGAUACGUAAAGAAACAAUUUUGAAAUAACGAAAGAUUAAAAGACUAAAUGUGUAUAGUUAACAACAUAUUUUGUUUUUUAAAACGAAGAUAACGAGCGUUACGAAGUCGUUGUGUAUUUUCAAACUGUUCAAUUUUAAAUCUACGACCGAAGAAUUGUAUACAAAAAAAAAACUUACUCUGUUUCUUAAAAUAAAAAUGACGAAUAUA